AUGGUAAAAAGCAGUGAAUACUCUAUUGCUCAACGCUCUCAGGUUAUAACCUUGGUGUUUCUUGCCAAUAUGAAGCCUCCAGAUGUCGCCAAUUUGCUACAGAUGCCUAAGAAAAGUGUUUACAACAUUAUAAACCGUGCUAAAUCAGCAGGAUAUGACCCCGCGGUCAAGCCUCUAGUUGAUGAUUGCCAUAUUGUUGAUAAACCACGCUCGGGACGUCCAAAGGUAGUAACCCCGGAGAUUGAAACUUCAAUAUUGGCAAGUCUAACUAAGGAUCGAUCUGGUCGUGAGAAAUCUGCUGAGGUUCUUGCUUUUGAAGCUGGUAUUUCUGAAUCUUCUUGCCUGCGUCUUUUGAAAUUUCUUUCUUUUAAUAAAUGCAAGCCUACUUGGAAACCUGGUCUGACAGAAGAUAUGAAAAAGAGAAGACUCGCCUUCGCCCUGAGCCAUCGGCAUUGGACUCUAGAGGACUGGAAGAAUAUUAUACGGACGGACGAGACAUCAAUAAUCCUGGGACACCGGAGAGGCUCUAGCCGAUUAUUCGUAGGGCGUUUCAAGAAUGCCUCUGAAUUCAUGUUUUGGGGAGCCUUCUCAUAUGAUUACAAGGGUCCAUGUCAUAUAUACGAUCCGGAGAACGCUGCAGCAAAGAAAAAGGCUCUACAAGAGUUAGAAAUCGUGAACCGAGGACGAGAAGAACGUGCACGAGAAGAAUGGGAAUUAAAUAAUGCUUUUUCACGGCUUCGCUUAGAGCCUAGAAAAGGCCGCCGACCAACGUUUAAAUUCACUGCGAAAAAUGGCAAAUUGGAGCGGAAGGGAAAGGGUGGUGUAGAUUGGUAUCGCUAUCAAAAGGAAGUCCUUUUACCUAAAUUACUUCCAUUCGCAGCAAGAUGUAAGGAAUCAAGACCUCAUACACUAGUCAUGGAGGAUGGGGCCCCUGCGCAUGCUCAUUUCCACCAAAAAGAUGUGUACGAUUUGCACGAGAUCCAGCGCCUCCUUUGGCCUGGUAAUUCAUCUGAUUUGAAUGCUAUUGAACCAGCCUGGUUUUGGUUAAAGAGACGUACAACUCUCCAAGGAGCACCUGCAGAUCGAGAAACAGCUAAAAAGGCAUGGUUAAAGGCUUGGGAGGAGCUGCCACAAGAUCGGAUCCGUACUUGGAUUGAGAGAAUCCCCUUUCACAUUGAAGAAAUUAUACGUCUUGACGGUGGGAAUGAGUAUGAGGAAGGUAGGCCUCGAGGGGAUUCAAAGAAGCGCUGCCGUCAGAAAGGGGUACUGUCAUUUAGGGCCUAUCUAGCAAGUGAGCCUGCGGCAAAUACAGAGUGGGAAGACUACGAAUAG